AUGUCGUCAAGCAAAAAACAAACGACUCUGGGGUAUGUAAAGUCUCAGACGACCUUAGGACGGUUCUUUAGCCUCCCAGCCGGCACCAAUCCGGCCACUCCCAUUCAAUCGAAGCUCAAGACAAUCAGUAAGCCUGGCAAAGCCGCCGAUACCGACGAUGUGGCUUCUCCUAAGGUUAGGAAGACCUCUGCCAGAGGCCAGGCUCGGAAGAAACCUACAAUUCCGGAGGAUGACGGAUCCGAUGGCGGUGCAGGGUAUACGAAGGCCGGUGUUAGCUUUUCGGAAACGGAGAUGUCUGAUGCUUCAGAGCCAGCGAUCGGUUCGAGCAAGCAGAAAGCUCUAGGGAAUUCCUCGACGAAGAGAGAGAGACCUGCUGCUCGGAAGUGCGGUAUUAAACCUUCAAAUAUCAAGAAGGAGACAGAAACUUCUGAAGACGAGGCGCCUCCUAGCAAACGUUCUAAAAGUGCUCCCACUACCAAACCGCUCAAAAAGGAUUGCGAUGAGUCCGAAUUGUCAGAUGAAGACAUCGCACCCAGAAAGCGUUUGCCGAUCAUCAAUUCUCCAAAGGCGACUGCCAAAAAAAGGAAAGGCAAAGUUGUGGGAAAGGCCGUCGAUGUGAAUACGCCUGUUUCGCCUUCUGGAACUACAAAGGGUGCCAGGUCCUCGCCUAUUUCUUCACCGGUUGUCUCUCCUCAGGAGUCGGGAGAGUCUGAGCCGCCCCUUCCAGAAUCUCCUUCAAGCACACCUAAGAUAUCUAAAUCUAAGUCUGGGUCUAAGGCUAAAGUUGCUAAAAAGUCGCCUUCUGAUAAGAGAUCUAAAAAGAGAGGGGCCGCUUCGGACACUGAAGCUGUGGAUAAGCCUGAAAGCUCUGCGACACACAAGGCAUUAGAUUCAGACAGUGGGACUGAGAAGCCUUCACUUGCACCUGCGGCAGGCCGCGAGAUGAUUAAAAAAUUAUCUAAAUCCGUUCCUCCAGCAUAUCCCGAUUGGGUUGCUGGUGAGCCGACCCCCUAUGCGGCCUUAGUAACAACCUUUAAUCUCCUGGAGUCAACGACCAAACGUCUUGAGAAAAUCUCGCAUACAUCUCGAUUCCUGAGGCAGGUUCUUCAGCUUUCUCCUGAUGAGCUUUUACUGGUAAUUCACUUGAUGAUCAACAAACUUGCCGCUGAUUUCGAGGGUGUCGAAAUGGGUAUUGGCGAGAGUUUGCUCAUGAAAGCUAUUGGUGAGAGUUGUGGUAGGAGCUUGGAGAGGAUUAGAGAGGAUCAGAGAGAGUGUGGUGACCUAGGACUUGUUGCAAUGAAAAGCAGAAAUAAUCAGAAGACGCUCUUUGCUCCCCGGCCCUUGACUAUCGCUGUUGUUCAUAAAGGCUUAUUGGGCAUCGCAAAGACUAAAGGUGAAGGUGGUCAGGGCCGCAAGGUCUCGGCUAUCAGAAAGCUCCUCGCUGCUGCAAAGGGAGAUGAAGCAAAGUUCCUGAUUAGAGGACUGGAAGGUAAACUCAGGUUGGGACUUGCGGAACGAACUGUCUUGGUCUCAUUAAGCAGUGCGAUGAUCACCCACGAACAGGAGCUUGUUGGCAAAACACCAACUACGGCAAUGUUGGAUCAGUCGGAGCUCAAUCUCAGAAGCGUGUAUAGUGAGUUGCCGAGCUACGAGAUCAUCAUACCCGCUAUGAGAGAACACGGCAUCAUGGAUAUUAAGAAGUAUUGCAAGUUGCAACCUGGUGUCCCUGUAAAACCCAUGUUAGCAAAGCCAACAAAAGCGAUAUCAGAGGUUCUUGACAGGUUUGAAAAUAAACGCUUUACUUGCGAGUACAAGUACGACGGGGAACGUGCCCAAAUCCAUUACGUGUCGCCAAAGUCUUCAAUUGAGUAUCCGCCAGCUACUCUUAGCGGAGAACCAAUCAAGAAUCUUGCCAAGGUCUUUUCUCGCAACUCGGAGGAUCUGAGUGGCAAGUAUCCUGACAUCCUUGCGGCGAUGAACGAGUGGGUUAGGCCCGAGGUUGAGAGCUUUGUUCUUGAUUGUGAAGCGGUCGGGUGGGAUGAGACCAAUAAUCGUCUCCUGCCAUUUCAAAUGCUUCAGACCAGAAAAAAGAAAGAUGUCGCACUAGAGGAUGUAAAGAUCAGAGUGUGUGUUCAUGCAUUCGACCUUCUAUUCUUGAAUGGAAAGCCUGUUGUUCGUGAGUCUCUCGAUGAUAGGAGGAAGCUCAUGCAUAAAACGUUCAUCGAAGUUCCCAAUCAGUUCGUGUUUGCUCGGUACAUGGAUAGUAGCCAUCUCGAAGAAAUCCGUCUCUUCCUAGACCAGAGUGUGAAGGACUCUUGUGAAGGACUAAUGGUUAAAAUGAUGGACGGUCCCGAGAGCUUCUAUGAGCCUAGUCAGAGGAGUCGUAAUUGGCUUAAAAUUAAGAAGGAUUAUAUCGAUGAGUUAGGAGACUCCUUGGACUUGGUUGUCAUUGGCGCCUACUGGGGCAGGGGCAAGCGCACUUCCGUUUAUGGCUCCUUUCUACUAGCUUGUUACAAUCCUGGUACUCAGAACUAUGAAUCCUUAUGCAAUAUUGGUACUGGUUUCACCGAGGCUGAACUCGAAGAGUUCUAUGGGACUUUGCACCCCCUCGAAAUUGACAGGGCCAAGCCUUUCUACGACCAUCCAAGUGGUAAUGCGGGCAAACCGGAUGUUUGGUUCGAACCUAAAGUCCUCUGGGAGGUUAAAGCAGCCGAUUUGACCUUGUCCCCUCGUUACAAGGCCGCAGCUGGCCUGGCUGGACACCCGGAUAAGGGCGUUAGUCUCAGGUUCCCGAGAUUUAUUGGCCCCAGGACCGAUAAGACCGGUGAGGACGCGACCAGUUCUAGUCAAAUCGCGGAGAUGUAUCUCCGCCAGGAUCAAGUUGCGCAUAAAACUGGAGCCAAGGGGGUUGAUGACGAUUUCGAAUAUUGAACCACCCCCCCCCUUUGCUGUUUUCCUUUGAGCCACUAUGUUUGCAACUUUUGGGUUGAGCGAGGGUUGCGGAUUUGUUGCACUGGGUUGAGGGGGAUGUGCAGGGAAGUACUCAUGAGAUUAGUUGCCGGUUUUAGUUGUAGGUAGAUGGAUAGCUUUUUUCUUUGUACCAUACCACAGCUACUACAAAAUUUCAAAUGGGAAUCCGCUUGGGAUCCCCAAGUUAGCUGGGAGGAAUGGUAUGCCGGUAGUGCGCACGGAUCUCGGGUGGUCAGGCUUUAGAAGCAAAUUCCAAUGCUGCGUAGUGGAUUUUAACAGUUA